UCCGCUCAGAGUCGGUGGGUGAUGUUGGUAACAGAACCUCUUUCUCUUUCUUUUGUUCACACUUCACACGCGGUUACGCUCUUCACAUAGACGCCACCGAUCUUCUCGAGUGACGUCAGAUGUCGGCGAAUAGCCGGUCACAUUUCACCGGAAGUUAGUGAAUUGUCACUAGGUUGGCAUCUCUCUCUGAAAUGCUUACUGCAACGGUGCCGUCUCAAAGUGUGUCCAUUUUUUUAACAGUCUCAAAAUGAAUGGAAUUCAGAGUAGAAAAACUCAGAAUAUAAAUAUAGAUAAACAGUUUGCUGGUUCCGGAUGCCUGGGAAGAAUGGUCAACCUUUUUGAUUUGGGCACAGGCGUCCCUGGAAAUAGGCUGCUCACUGAUAAACCACAUCAAGAUGGUGCUUCACUCUCAAGAAGUCGGUUGGAUGUGGAAAGGAUGCCACUUUCUGCAGAUCAGAUAGAGGAUAAGCUGGUUGUGUCCGAGUUUAGAACUUCAUCAAACAAGAAAGCUAAUGGUACACCCAUGAAAACACUUAUAGCCCAAGAAAUGUCAAAAGAAGUAGAGUCUAAGCAUAACUCACCCAAUGUGGUUGCCAAGUUGAUGGGUCUUGAUGCCCUUCCACAACAUCAGCAUAGUUCAGCUGCCCAAAGAAGCCAUUCAAAAGGUUAUUUGCGACAUUCUCCAAGUCAUUCGACGAUACCAUUGGAAUGUUGGGAGCAAAAUCCUGGAUUUCUAGACAAUAGAAUGCCUAGUGAAGUUCAUCGGCUUCAAGAACAGAGUGAUUGCAAGGAUGUGCAUGAAAUCUGGAAUCUGUCUCACCAGGCUAGUUAUUCCAGAGAUAGUUCAAUGCAUAAGGGAAGAAGUAAUGAAACUAUAAGUGAGAAAAAGAUGGCUCUUGUUCGUCAAAAGUUUAUGGAAGCAAAACGUCUAGCCACAGAUGAAAAACUUCGCCAGUCCAAGGAGUUCCAGGAUGCAUUGGAAGUUUUAAGUUCGAAUAAAGAUUUAUUACUUAGGCUUCUGCAAGAACCGAAUUCCUUAUUCUCUCGGCAUUUGUAUGAUUUGCAGUCAAUUGCUCCACCUCCUGAGACUAAAAGAAUCACUGUUCUCAGACCAUCAAAGAUGGUUGAUAAUGAAAAUUUUACAGGAUCAGGAAACGUGAUUGAUAAACAACCCAAGAAACCUGCCCAAGUGGUUCAAGCAACUGGAUGGGAAAGUACUAGUCCUGGAUAUUUCCCUCUUUAUGCUAACCAUAAAGUUAUUGAACAUCCUGCUCAAUCUACGAGAAUAGUGGUAUUGAAGCCUAGCCCUGGGAAGACUCAUGACAUCAAGGCUGUGGUUUCCCCGCCCUCCUCGCUGACAGGAAUAUCACACGGUGAAGAUUCUUGUGAGAUACCUGAAGAUGAUGAGGUGCAAGAAUCAAGAGAAGUGGCAAAGGAGAUCACAAGGAAGAUGCGUGAAAAUCUGAUGGGUCACCGGAGGGAUGAGACUUUACUCUCUUCUGUGUUUUCUAAUGGCUAUGUUGGAGAUGAGAGUUCAUUUAACAAAUCAGAAAACGAGUGUGCAGGACAUAUCAGUGAUUCAGAAGCCAUGUCACCAACUUCUAGGCAUUCAUGGGAUUACAUCAAUAGAUUUGGUAGCCCAUAUUCUUCUUCCUCCUUCAGUCGUGCAUCAUGUUCGCCAGAGUCAUCAGUAUGCAGAGAGGCAAAGAAGCGACUUUCUGAAAGAUGGGCCAUGAUGGCGUUGAAUGGGAACUCUCAGGAGCAGAGACAUGUUCGAAGAAGCUCAAGCACAUUGGGGGAGAUGCUUGCUCUUUCUGAUACAAAGAAGUCAAUGAGAUCUGAGGAAGAGGUUAUUAAGACUGAACAAGAACCUAGGGGCUCAACUUCAUGCUUAAGUAGUAAUUUGAAUAAAGAAGGUGUGUGUGAGUCUCCUAAAAACCUUAUGAGAUCAAAAUCUGUUCCCGCAUCUUCCACGUUGUAUGGUCCUAGGCCCAAUAUUGAUGUUCCUGAUCCUGGCCAAAAGCAGGUUCCUAAGGAGCUGACAAAGAUGAAGAGCGCAAAAUCAUCUCUAAAGGGGAGAGUUUCAGGCUUAUUUUUCUCAAGGAAUAAAAAAUCUACUAAAGAAAAAUCUAAUGCAUCACAAGCCGGAGAAGAAUUUCAGUCUGUCACUGCUGAAGCACCAGGGUCAACUGGACAUAUUCCUGGAAUGGUUAACAAUUAUACAUCUCAACGUCUUAAGACAAAUGGCCUUGGAGAGUGUUCAUCUACUCAUCUGUGUCCUUCAAGCAAAGCUACCUCUCCAGAUUUAACUGACAUGAGUGGCAUAGCUUCUCAGGAGGCAGGAUUGUCCGUAUCAAAACCUUUGAUGCCUGGGAAUGUUAGUGAGAAUCAGGACCAGCCAAGUCCAAUCUCAGUUUUGGAACCACCAUUUGAAGAGGAUGACAAUACAGUUCCACAGUCUUCUGGCAAUAUUAAGCCAGUCCACGGAGGAACAGUGGUGUCCCUCAAGCCUAACUUAAUUGACAAAUCUCCACCUAUAGAAUCAAUUGCCCGGACUUUGUCACGGGAUAAUUCUUGUGCUGAAACAGCCACUCCCUACCCACUGAAACCGUCAUCAGUCUCUGGAGCUGAGGCAGAGCAGGACUGGCUGUACUUUGUCCAAACACUACUAUCAGCGGCUGGUCUGGAUGGUGAGAUGCAAUCUGAAACAUUUUUUGCACGAUGGCAUUCACCUGAAAGCCCAUUGGACCCAUCAUUGAGAGAGAAAUAUGCAAGCCUGCGUGGGAAGGAACCAGUGCAGGAGGCAAAGCGAAGACAACUGAGAUCAAACUGUAAGCUUAUAUUUGACUGUGUGAAUACAGCAUUAGUUGAAAUAACAGGUUAUGGGUCAGAGUCAGAGAGGAGCCGUAGGGCUGUGUCUUGUAGCGGGGCUCACAGCAGCCUGGUAGAGAGUCGAUUGCCCAUGCUGGUGGAGCGGGUGUGGGGUCAGAUGAAGGAGUGGUUUAUCAGCGAGGUGGGAUGUGUUUUGGGUGAAGGUGGGGACGGUAACAGCCUGGUAGUAGAGAAGGUGGUGAGAAAAGAGGAUAUAGGGAAAGGGUGGGGUGAGCAAGUGAGAAUAGAAAUAGAUAAUUUGGGAAAGGAGAUUGAGUUAAAGUUGUGGGAAGAGCUUGUGGAUGACGCUGUGGUUGAUUUGACAGGAUGUUUGGGGCACAACUUUUUCUAUUCUCAUAAUGUUAUUGCCUGCCAGAUCACCUUUGCUUUGCUUCAAGAGUGUAACCCAAAGCCCAAUGGGGGUGGCUUGUGUGUAUAAGAGGUGAUUUUUCAACGUGAAGAGCUUGGAUUUAAUUUCUUUCAGCCGUAUAUCAAGAAAUUAUUUUUGACUUAUAAUAGUUGUAAGGUGGUUACUAGAUCUGACUUAUUUGGUAUGAUUGGUUUAAUUUUGAAAUAAUGAUUUUAUUUCGAGUGA